CCUAGUGGGGUUCCAGGGGCGCCUCGUCUCCCACCACAUUCCUCAAGUCUAAUUCACCGCUAACACAUCUCUGUGCAACUAUUACUCAGAGACUAGUGUUUAGGAAUGACUACCGUUGGAAAAGUAGUAGUUGUGGUGUGACAUUAGUGGUUGAGUGAUACAAAGGUGCAAGUGUACAUCAGUGAGAGCCGGAUAACGCCAUCAUAAAGGUCCCAUCCACCACCAUAAUGGCCGUUGUAAACACCUUAACACAAAUGGCCGGUGAUAUAAAUACAGAGUGAAAACCAGCAUAAAUCCCACAUAAUUGUUAUUUGUACAGUACUGUAAUUUGAAAGUGAAAUAUAUGUACUGCAUUAAAAAUAUUUAGACAGCUGUACUUUAUUAGUAAUUUGUGGAUAUACGACCAAAGAAUUUUAGUAGAAAUAUGCAAUAACCUAACCUACGAAGACAUACAAAAUGGCCUCAGUUGCUGGAACAAGUGUUUACUCCGGCUACCCCAAUCGCUUCAGUCGACGUACAUCAUUGGCAUCAUCAUAUUUUCCACCAGUUAUAGAAAAAGUUUAUAAUUAUGUUAGACCUUCAUCUGCGAUGGUUAAUGCUGGAAUAAUUGCAUUUGUUGCAACUGUGUUUUUUGUCAUCUCAUUCACUAGUCCAUACUGGCUGCAGUCGUAUUCCUACACAUACAGUUCCUUCAACAACAUGGGACUGUGGGAGUUCUGCUUUAAUGGCUUCCGUUAUCCAAAAUUCCAGUAUGACUACAAGUUUACAGGUUGCAACUACAUCUUCUCAGAAGAAUACAGAAUAAUAUGGUCCUGGAUGUUACCAGCAUGGUUUAUGGCAGUGCAGACAUUCAUGACCAUAGCCCUGCUUGCUAGCUUGACGACGCUAGUGACAAUAAGUUUGGUGCUUGUAAGGUGGCCCAUGCAGAUAAUUAUGCGAUAUGAGUGGCACCUCACAGGCUUUUGUUUUUGCUGUCAAGCUAUUACUGUCAUUGGCAUCUUCUUUGCUGUGCUGGUCUUCGGAGUCAUGUGUUGGUCCCGUGACUGGUUGCUAAACCCCAACUUUAACUACCUGUCCUGGUCAUAUGCCUUUGCUGUUAUUGCAGGGGGCAUUCAUGCUUUUGCUGGAUUUACUUUACUUCAUGAAACCUUCGAAGCCAGGGAGCGCAAACGCCAGGCUAGUAACCUCCUUCACAUGGAUCCACAAGGACAUAUGGGAAUGGGCAUGGGUAUGACUAGCCAUGGAUAUAUUUGAAUGUACAAAAAUAAGCCACUGAAUUUUGUACAAGUUGUAUUACCAGCUAACCUUGACAUGUAAUCACAAACACUAGUUAUUGUAAGUAAAUUUUAAGAAUUUUUUAUUUUGACAGCCAUGUAUGUUCCCAAACAUGUAUGGAAUGCACCUAUAAGUUUUUUUUUUAACAAAUAUAAAUUUAUCCAUUAAAAGUAUUGAACAGUAUCUUCUCAAAAUGGUAUUUACUAUGACGAUGCCUUUAAAGUAGCUUUCAAUGAGCCAAUUCUCAAAAUCAAACAAAUUCAACAAUGAUCUGUAUUUACAUUUAAAUUGGUUGUGAAUGCAAGUUUUCACAUAUUGGUAUGUAAAGUUCAAUUUGUGCUGAAUCCCUGUUGGAAGUUAUACUUUAAUUUUAACACUAAAAAGUGUAUACCUAUACUGAUAAUGCACACUGAAGAGUAUUUACUUGAUACUGCCUAAUACUGUAUUUUUAUCCAAAGAAAUUUUGACAUGCUAGUAGUAAAUUGUGUGCAAUUAACGUUUAUGAUCCAACUAAUUUAAAGGGCACACAUGACCAAUAAACGUAAUGCCACUUGUGGGGAAGGACACACUUACGUACAGUACAGGACAGGAAACAUUUUGCCAUGAGUACCUUCAGGACUGAAGCCACAUCUUGUCAGUAUCACUACACCAUUUACUUCCAGCCCUUGUAAUCAUUGGAAGAAAUCAUUCAACUAAACUGCAUAUCCUGUUAUGUAAAGGUCAUGUACAAGUAGAAGCCUACUAUUAUUAUUAUUACACAUUGUAAGUAAUUCACAUUUCAUAAUUUAAAUAUUAGUCCUUGGAUGAAUUUUAGUUAAUAUUCAGACUUAGCAUUUCCCCUCAAAUUUUAAUUGUGCAUUUUCAGCAAUCAUUUAUGACCCUUGUAGGAUUAGCACUUUUUUUUUUUUUUUUAUUAUAAAAAUUUACUUCACAUUAAAUUUCAUAAGGGGGGGAGGGUGUAAUCCUAUAGGGAUCAUACAGCAGCUGGGAGAUUUUAAGGCAUUCAGACUAUUUACAGAAUCAAAGCAAAAGUCCAAUUCCUUAGAUCAUGAGCCCCUCACUAGCAUCAAGGAACUCUUAAAGGUUGCUUAACAGAUAUUCCUUGUGUACAGACAUAGGAAGAUUUCCCUUAACUAUAUAAUCAUUGCUUAUAAUUGCUUCACUUACAAAAUGAACGCAGCCUUGACAUGUGAUUUCAGACUAGGGUGUGGUUAGCGGGCCAUGUUGCCAAAUAUGGGUAUAGUAAUACAGAGACAACAUAACUAGUUUUAACCAGGGUCUCCAUAUGCACUUUAACUGAGGUAUAGUGGUGGGGGAUUAGGUCGUGUAGGCAUCUGCUCAUGAAGGAUAAGUUAUACAAGGUGUUUAUUAUUAUAAUCAAAAAGAAGCACUAAGCCACAAGGCCUGUACAAUAGUGCUGCUACAAGGUGUUUAGUAAUGGUGAAGGUACCCUUAUCUAGAGUCACUCCAAGGUGCUUGGGAGCAUCAGUUAUUUGCUUACUGUAGAACAGAAGCAAAGUGCUGUCAGCACCAAACUUUUGCACAAUUCAUCCUACAUGGAUGGCAGGUAUUGCCAACAAUUAUGGUAAGAUAGUUUUGCUCUGCACUACUAGAUAUUUUGUUGUGUAUUAAGCUUUACUAAGAGCAAAAUGUCUACAGUAAAGAUUUUUUUCCAUCUACCAUAAUCCUAUAUGAGCAGACUUCACAUUCCACCCCUACAUUAAUACAUUUGAGCAUCAUUUCAUUUAGGAAAAAAAAAAAAAUCCAUAUGGGCAUGGGAGGCAACUAGCUUUGAUCCAAGGAAGGGAAGGACAAGUCCAAUUCCUUGCAUCAAAGUGUGUAACAAAAAAAAAAAAAAUUACCAAGUGCUAAACACCUAUAGGUGUAAUACUAGUCUAAUUUUUCAUGCACCCAUUUAAUGAACUGUUUUUAUAGUACCAUGCACAUUAUAGAGAAGGAAAAUUUAGUGGAAUAAAUCUGAUGUCCAUGAUUAGGGGAGAGGAAGAUAACAGCUCCCCCAAUUUUAUUAUACAGACUUGAUGCUGAUAGAUAUAGCUGUGAGGGCAACAUAAAAGACUAACUUUUACUGAGCUGUUCUGCUUAGGACAGAGCUUUGCCUUUGUCAAAGCACAAGUCUUAGUAAAUUUUAUUGUGUGUGAUGUAAAGCAUUUCUUGUAUACAAUUAUAGUACUGUUAAAUAAUUAAAAUAUUACUAGUGCCACCCUUCCUCUACCACUACAAAUUUCCAUUAGUUUUGGAAAUUCAAGAAACAUUCAUAAUGAAAAAUGUAAAUCUUAAUACAGUAUUUUACUUUUAAAAAAAUACAUCAGGCUUAAGGUUUAUAUAAUAAUAUUAGUCUUAUGAAUAUUUGUUAAGGUUUUAUACUAUUGCAGUUGUUUAGCAGCACUGUCUUAUUCCGUCCAGAAUCUCUCAAACUAAAUUCAAAACUUGUAUUUUUUGUAAUAAAAAUGCUAACGA